GAUUUCCUGCAAGAGCUCGAUAGCACCUUCCCAGAGCUGAGCUACUACAAGCAGGGCCGAAUCCAGACAAGUCCCGGUGUUGAGGAAAUUUCCGACAGCCCAAUGGAGUACUACCGAACAGUCGGGGCCAUCAUCGCCCUAUUGGCGUGCUAUUCCUCUGUCGUUGAGGAAGACUUUGGCCUAGAGUGUGUCUCUGCUGGUGAGCGUGGCCCAAUGAGCAUGGACAAGGUGCCAGGAAAGUUUAUCAACAUGGGCAACAAGAAAGAUGAGUAUAAAGAGUUCUGCCGGAAGUUUGCAGCUCAUAUGACCUGUGAAGAUGACUGGUGGGGCAUGCUCGUUUUCCUUGUGGUGCACGACGUCGGCAAGAAUGAUGGCUUCCGCAGGGUGGUCAACAAUUCCUUACCGGCCGACAUGCGCUCAGAUGAUCACGACCGGGCACUGGCAUGUGCGUUAGCAGAUUCAGAGCUUAAGAUGAAACUGCUGCCCACGGUCUCGAAACUUUCCCCGUCGCGGCAGGAAUCCAUCCUAGCAGGCUUUGCCACCAAUUUUCAGCUCCCACAGUUGGGCCAAGGAGAAAUUGCUUGUAUCAACUUCAGGGGCCUGCUGGAGUUGGACCGGAAGCACUUGAUGAACGGCACGCUGCACUACUACUUCUACCACUCCAUUUUUGACAUCGCAGGUGCAACCUGCAAUGAGAAAUUCAUCUUCCCAAUCGCGAUUCAGCCUGUGUACAUGGGCUUCACAUCCGCCAUGGACGAUCUCAUUACAAAGCUGGUGGACAAUCCGAAGAUUUACGAGCGUACUCUGUACUUCAACUUCCUGUACACCAAUUUUAAGAAGGCAUAUCCUGAGUUCGAAGCGAAAUUUGCGGCUUUGUGCGAGAGCAAGGUGUUUUGCCAUGAAACUGGCCUGGCUGUCCUGCGCGUUUUGGCACUGACCAGAAACACCUACAAGAAUCCAGAGAAGGCGUAG